AUGGUGAUGAAGCGGGAUGGCAGCGUGGACGUCGAUCCCGACUGCUACCCUGGCCAGCCUGAGACGGAAAGCGCGUCGGUAGUCGGCGGCGUCCCAACGGUCUUGUCCAAGCUCCAGAAAUGGGGCGACUACGACAGCGUGGGGCAGCCAGUGGGGCCGACGCGGCUGCUGCCCAUGAAGACGCCGCUGUCAAAGGAGAUCCUAUCUGAUUGGCAGCUGCCCGAGCCCCCCAAGCACUCCCUAACGAUCGAGCAGCUGCUGUCAACCCAGGCCGCCGCGGGGCGGCGGAUCGGGUGCAUCGUUGACCUGUCCAACCAUGACUGCCUGUAUGAGUCAGACCUGCCGCCUGCUGGCCUGGAGUACCGCCACCUCCACUGUAUCGCCAAGGAGCUGCCAUCACACGAGUGCAUUGCGCGGGUGGCGGCCGUUGUGAGGGACUUCUUUUCUCGACACCCGAACGAAUUCAUCGGGAUACACUGCGCAUACGUGAGCCGCGGCCGCACCCUCGCGCCUGCGCCCGCGGGGGGCGACGGCACGGCCCCCUGCCCUGAUGCGAGCAGGUCCCUGCCCCCGCCGGCACCUGCCGGGUUCAACCGCACCGGGUUUGUGGUGGCGUCGCUGCUGGUCGAGUGCUGGGGCCUGCCAGUCGCGGCCGCCCUCGACGCCUUUGCGCGCGCGCGGCCGCCGGGCGUGAAGCACGAGCGGUGUGGGGGUGCGCCCGGCCCCUGCGACGCCAGCGGCGCCGCCGCAGCGGCGUGCGCCUGCUGCUGCGGCGAGGGGGCGGGCCAGGCGAGCAAUGGAACACUGUUGCCUGGCGGGGUGGGGGAGGGUGAGGCGGCGUGUGCCUGGAGCCUGGGCUCGCCAGCGCCGCCGCCCCGCCGCCGCGCCGGCGGCGACACCGCAACGAGCCUGACCGCGGCCGCCGCCUACCUAGCCGGCGCCGGCGUCGGCCGCGGCCGCCCUGCCAGCGGCGGCGGGGGCAGCUUCUGCAGCAAUGGCAGUGGCGGCGGCGGGGACAGCGGCGCGGGCAGCGCCGGCGAGGUGUGCAAUGGGGGAUCUGACGACGGCGACAACAGCAGCAUCGGCGGCAGCGUGGGCGGAUCGCCAGAGGUCAGCGGCGGUGCCAUGCACCUGGUCGCCGCCUUCGUCGCCGGCCGCGGCGGGCGGCGCGCGCAGCCGCUGGGCGGCCCGGGCUCCGGCAGCUGGGCGGGCGGCGACGGCGAGCGGCGCGCGGCGCCGGUGCGGCCGCCGCAGUGGCAGCGGCACCAGCAGCAACAGCAACAGCAGCAACAGCAGCAGCAGCGGCAGGCGCACUCGCCGUCGCGGCUGGCGCAGCUGCCUAAUGGCGGCAGCGGCGGCGCGCUGGAGCCUGGCUUGCGGGGCCUCUGGCUGGGCGGCGAUUCAGGGCAGGCGGGCUGGCGCUCCGCACCCGCCUCGGCCGCCGAGGCAUGCCCGGCGGCAGGCGCGGCGGCGGCGGCAGACGUGGACGCGGUGGCGGGCGCAGAGGGGCCAGACGGCGAGGGGGUGCUGCAGGAAGAGGGCAGGCGGCGGGUGGCCGGCCAGCGGUCGGCGUUUGCGGCUGCGGCGCUCGUUGCCGAUGAGCGGUUGUCAAACCAUGCAUGA